AUGUGGGCCGUGCCUUCCCGAAAGCUGAACCGCUGGACAGAGCGCUGCCUGAAUUUUCCGACAGCAGCUGACUUUGAACGCCUUAUAGCCUGGGGCACCGGGACAAGAUCUGCGGAAUUGGCGCUUUUCGUCUCCCCGAACCGGUCAUUACCGCACGUCUGCAUAAUAUCACCUCGUCCAUUCGUGGUCUCGAAGGAUAGAUUGCUUCCAACGUCUCAAAUCUCCGCUCUUCCGAGUCAAUCCUCAUCAGCUUCAAGCUGCCAGACGACAAUGCUGUACCGACAAACCGCUGCUCGCUCUGUCCUCAGGGCCAUCUCGAGCUCAAAUGCCUCCGUGGCCCGCUCGUCGCUGGUGAACAAUGUGUUCAAGGCUCAAUUGACAUCUUCCGCUCGUUCUCCCGCCCGCCCGAGUGUUUCGUCAAGCCUUGCUCUAGCUCCUCGCAAGCCUGUCACCACCGCUCUCGUCCGAUACGCGUCUACUUCCCCUAACAAGAGCGAUGAGGAUGUUGAUGUCAUGGCUGGUAUCAAGGGUGAUGCUAAAGUUAUUAAGCAGACUUUCAGCCUUGAGGAUGUCCCCAAGGAUGCCCUUUACCUCGGCAUUGCUGGUGUCGUGCCAUACCUCGUUACCUCUCUAGAGACCGUCUAUCUUGCGUAUGAGAUUAACCACGCCAACACUACCGGUGAUGGUCUUAUCUUCUCCGGCCAGAGUGCCGAGCUUGCGCUUCACAUGCUCGAGUCCGUUCAGGUUGGAUACGGCGCGGUGAUCCUCUCUUUCCUUGGAGCCGUCCACUGGGGUCUCGAGUGGGCUGGUUACGGUGGUCGCACCGGCUACAGACGCUAUGCUGCUGGUGUCAUUGCCCCCGCCGUUGCCUGGCCUACUCUGCUGCUCCCCAUUGAGCACGCCCUGAUCACCCAGUUCCUUGCCUUCACUUUCCUCUACUACAAUGACGCCCGGGCUUCCGUCAAGGGCCUUGCUCCUCACUGGUACAGCAUGUACCGCUUCGUCCUGACCUUCAUCGUCGGUGCCAGCAUCGUUGCCACCCUCGUCGGCCGUGAGCAGAUCUCUGGUAUCGUCUCCAGGGACCACAACAUCUCCGAAAAGAUCAACGCCCUUCUCUUCCUCCAGAAGAAGGAGAAGGAGGAGGCCGCUGCUGCCCUCAAGGCUGCUUCCGAGGAAGAGGAGUCUGAGUAA